AGAGCGCUGGGUAUAGACAAGAGAAUUACCUUUAUUGGCAACUUUAAUUACAGCUAUUCAGUCGAUUCACCCAUUCAGUUGACGUUUUUAUUUAAAAUAGUUGUGUGUUUUGCCCUGAGGUCCUGGCUUUGAUUUAAUGGUUGUUGAAGAAAAAAAUGACAUGGGAUUUUGCUUUGUCGCUGACUACUUUUUUUUUUUUCCCUUCCUUCCUUCUUUGUGUGGAAUGUGUUGAAAUGACUGCUUCCGAGAUUGUUCAGGUGAACUGUUCAGAGUGCUAAUUAAGUAGGCAGGUGUCACUGAAUUCCAACUGGUGACGUUUCUGUGUCUUACAGUGCUUCAGCAAGAAAUUCCUGUGAAGCCUAAUAAGAAAACCCAAGGAUGACUGCCUACACCGUCCCUUUUCUCCUGGAAGGAGAAAAUGUCCCAGUAAAGGAUUUUUGUAUUAUGGUGAUAAGCAAAAUCAGAGAGUGGGAGCAGGGAAGCUAAAUAGACUGAAGACCCAACUAACUUAAAAGCAACAUCCAAGUUUAAUGGAAGAAAGAAAACGCAAACCACCUGAUUAAAUCUGAAGAAAAGGAGAGAAGUGGAAGACUUGCAUAAAGAUUUUAGCUCUAAAAUGCAGAAAUAAUACAGUUGCAAGAGACAAAGGAGACGAAACAGGAUGAGAAACCAUGCUGCCCUAGGGAUAUCUGUCUCUGGAAGAUGGUUGAUGAAGAUGCACUGUAAAAAAAAAAGACCGGACUGCUAACCAUUUCCACUGGAUUCUGCGCUGGGAAGGAAUCCCCCAAGUGACUAUAUAUCCCUACAACUAGAGCUGUUUUCCUUCUGCGCUGGGGAAAUUUGAAGAGAAUAUCAGCAAGAUAAGUGCUGCUGGUAGCAAGGCCACCAAUACCAAGGUAGUAGGCAACUACAGGGCGAGAGAGGGGCAGUAACCCUGUGGGCUUCUGUCAGCUGGAAAGCUGGUUCUAAGGGAGACAGGACUGUAUCUGCUUUUCCUCCCCUGAUGCUCUCCUGCAAGGAAAAGGAAACUGUGAACUGCAGCUUGCAAAAGUUUCUUUUUGCAGGUUAUGUCUGAAAGACAGCUCUAACAAUGUCACAAUCAAGGGUGGAACAUGGGCUGCAAAAUAUUCAGUUUACCUUGUGGAGCUCAGGCUGGCAAGAGGAACACUAUCGCACUUGUAGAAAGUUCAGAUUUAACCUAUGGUUUGAUCUGUGCUCUUCUUGACAGGUGAAGUUUGAUCACUGUGAAGUGCAUUUUAUGAAUUUCUACAAAGAUUAGCAGAAAAGUUUUAUAUUUAUCAAGGCAACUUUCCAGCAGGCAUUGCUGAAAUGAUGGUAGUAUGAUCACUUAAUCUUAUCAUUUACUUUACCUGAAAACUAAAAUACUCAGAUGAAAUUAUAAAAGCAGUAGGGGGAUAUCAUCUUUUUUUAUUGCACAGCUUGAAUGCUUCUAGCAGGAUAUGAACAGCAUGUGACAAUUCAGCCUGGUAACAACUUUGUACAUAGAUCCAUAGAACAGAUUACUUCAGUUUUUACAAAAGUUACAAGUACUAUAGAGAGAUAGUGGGAUCAUGGUUUGUAAACCUUAAACCACACUUUCCUGCACGACAAUCUGCAAAGAGGAUGUUCUUUUUUGUAAAGUGAGUAUGUGUUGUGCAGCCGCAAGAAGCUUCCCCUUUCUUCAGAAGGACUACAUAAAUGUUACUUCUGAGAUUGCGCAUCCUGCAGUUACCUUGUAGUUUGCACUUGAGUGAUCAAGUGUUUUAAGUGAAGGGGCUGUCAUGAGCCAUUUUGUGACUCUUCGUGUUCUUGAUGUUAAACGUCAGACAACAGAAAUGGAGACCCUGGAUCUGUUGAGGAGUUGUUUGGUGUGCAGAUGGGACCUGCAGAGGAGAAACCCCAGAAUGCUACCUUGUCUUCAUUCCUUCUGCAAGGACUGUCUUCCUGAUUUGAUUCAAGGAUAUAGUUAUAUUCCUGCUGGGUAUGAAAUUAUAUAUGAAGGUAUCCUUUCCUGCCCUGUGUGCAAACAGACCUGCUUUGCAAGAGAUGUAGUUGAAAAUUUCUUUCUCAAGGACUUUCCCACCAGAAAUUCAGCUAUGGCAAAGAGUUGUUCCACUUGUAAAGAGAAGAGACCUGCUCACACUCUCUGUACAAGCUGCAAUAAGUGGCUGUGCAGCUCGUGUACAGAGGAACACAGACAUGUCAAGGAAACUGGAGACAGCUUCCUCUCUGUAUCCAUGAAGGACUGUUCAGUGACUGAAGAUGAAGCAAGUGAAUUUUCCUUAUUUUGUCCCAUGCAUACUCAAGAGCUGCUCAAGCUGUUCUGUGAGACCUGUGAUACCCUUACGUGCCGCAGCUGCCUUCUGAUAGAGCAUAAGGAACACAGGUUCAGACACCUUGAUGAAGCUCUGCAAAAUCAGAGAGUUAUCCUGGAGAAUGUCAUAGCUAAAGUGGAACAGAAAAAAAAUGGGAUUCAGGUUUCAGCUAAACAGAUUGAAGACAGGUUGCUUGAAAUAAAACAUUUAUACAAAAAAGUUGAGAAUCAAAUCAAAACGGCCAAAAUGGUUUUGAUGAAUGAAAUCAAUAAACGAACAAACAUCCUUCUUGAACAACUUGAAAAAAUCACCAGUGAAAGGAAGCAGAAAUUGGAACAACAGCUGCAAGGCAUUGUGGUUUUAAGCAGACAGGUUGAACAUGUGCAGAACUUCAUCAGCUGGGCAGUGUGCAGUAAAAACAGCAUCCCGUUUCUCUUCAGUAAAGAACUGAUUGUAUUUCAGAUACAGCGCUUGUUAGAGACAAACUGUAGUACAGACCUAGGCUCUCCCCUGAAGAUCAGAUUUACUUGGGAUCCCUCCUACUGGACUGAACAGCUGUCCAGUUUAGGAGGUUUCACUAUGGAAGGUGGACACAUUUCUCAUUCAGAUGUGCUUCUCUGUGGAAAUGCACAAGCAUUACAGACAUCCUUGUAUCACGGUCAGCAAUCACCAGCAUCACAACUAGAGCCUGCAAAUAGCCAGCCGCAUCAGUUGCCACCUCCAGUUCAGUGUCCUACACCUGUAUGUUGCUCACACUGCCUCAGUGUACCUCACCGGAACAAAGCUCAGCCUUCGCACCAAAACAUGAACUGUCAUCAGAAUUUUCGACAACCUCCUGAACCUCAUAAGCAGCAUUUUCCACUGCAGCACAACAUACAGCAACAUGACAAAGAACCAAGGGGUACCUCCCAGCCUCUGAAACUAACACAGUCUGGGCUGGAGCAACAAUCUCGGUCAGAGCCAGAUAAUAUGUUUGGGAGAGUUGGAAAGCAUUUACCAGCCCAGCAGUUGCAGCAGAGUGCAUCUCCUGGUUAUGCUGUGGCAUUGCAUGAAGCUCGGCAAGUUCACACAAGCCAUCAGCAGCCGUUGCGCACGCAGGCUCCUUUGCAGACUCCAACUGUGCAUGUGCAGCUUGGCCAUCUCCAGAAGAUAAAGCCUAACCACUUGCAGCAGCAGCCACCAGCAUCGCCACCAUCAGGUCAGAAUGAGAACACCCACAAACAAGUCAUCCAGCAGAGCCUGGACAUAAUGCACCACCAGUUUGAACUGGAAGAGAUGAAAAAGGAUCUGGAACUUCUUCUCCAGGCUCAAGGACAGCCCAGCUUGCAGCUGAACCAAGCCAAACCACCUCAGCAUGUUCAACAGACCAUAGUUGGUCAGAUCAACUAUAUAGUGAGGCAGCCAGCCCCGGUUCAGCAACAAAUCCAAGAUGAAGCACAAAUCUGUGAGAGUUCUGUUGAACUAGAUGUUCAGAAGGCUGCAGUUCCUCCUGACAGAAGUGAUAGUCCCUCCCUGUCACAGUCCCUGGAUGAAGGAUCCAGUGUCAGCAGUCACUCUUCUGAGAGCAUAUUGCAACAAUCAGCUUUUCAUCCAGUGAGAAAGCGUUCAUCGUCAUUAAACACUGUGGACUUUUCAGAAGGUUUAGAAAUGGAAUUACCUUCAAGAUUAUCUAGGUCAGCCGAUCCACAGAUGCAAGGUGCAGCUGCUGUAACACUCAGCCCAUCCGAGAACACCCUUCGUGACUGUAAUACACCACCAGUGUGGGUGCCCAGCUACAGUUUGGCCUUGGGCAGAGCUCCAGGUGACCCGAGCCCUGGAGCAACUGCCAGCAUCGCACCAGGUGAUACGCUCCAGGGCAAUGCUAAAUGCAAGCUGGAAAAUGAAGAUUUCAAUACUGUGGAUCAUCUUCUAGAAAACAACUUGGCUACAGCUGGGCAAGAUGUUGUAAACGAAUUCACUCUUUCUGUGCAAAAAGUGCUGGAAGAACCUAUCAAUCUUUCGGUAAAAAAAUCUCAGCAUUGUGCUUCUCCUUCUGAACUGCUCUGCAAUACUUCUUGCCUGCCCCUGAACGCCAGAGUGAGACAACUUAGAAAUGAAGAAGAUUCCAAUAACUGUGAAAAGGAACAUUUUGAAAUGGGUAUGAAAAGCAAUCAGAAUGUCAGAGCUGGCUCUAAGGAGCUGAAGAUCCCCUACGUGCGACUUGAACGCCUGAAGAUAUGUGCAUCAGAAUCGGGGGAUCUCCCAGUGUUUAAGCUGCAGCCACAGGAGAGUGAGCAGGAGGGCACUUUCCUUCUGAUAAUUGAGUGUGGGUCCCAGUCUUCAAGUAUGGCAAUAAAAAUAAAUAAAGAUAGUCCACAUGAAGAACCAAAAUCCAAAAAGGACUCGGAGGACAGAGAAGUAUCCAUUACCCAGGCUGCAGGACAGAUACUCUCUCCUGCAGCAGAUACUCCAUCUGUUGAUCAGAAGUUCAGCAAUGGCAUCUCCCUCAUGAAGAAAUCUCCAGUUACUCAGGAAGUCAAUCCAAUGGAAAAUGAGGAUUUCUGUGCCGUGUGCCUUAACGGAGGAGAACUGUUGUGCUGCGAUCGCUGCCCCAAGGUGUUCCAUCUCUCAUGCCAUGUUCCAGCCCUGCUCAGCUUUCCAGUGGGAGAAUGGGUGUGUACGCUUUGUCGUAAUCCAGUGAAGCCAGAGGUAGAAUAUGACUGUGAAAACACCCGUUACAACCACAGUUAUAAAGCACAACAUGGCCUUGAUGACUAUGACCAGAAGAAGUGUGAAAAGUUGGUGCUUUCGCUGUUGUGCAGUAGCCUGAGCCUCCCAUUCCAUGAGCCCGUCAGCCCCCUGGCUCGGCAUUAUUAUCAGAUCAUAAAAAGGCCAAUGGAUUUGUCAAGCAUACGAAAAAAGCUGCAAAAAAAGGACAAAUCCCAUUAUUCGGCACCUGAGGAACUUGUGACUGACGUGCGUCUCAUGUUUUGGAACUGUGCAAAGUUCAAUUAUCCGGAUUCGGAGGUUGCUGAGGCUGGACGAUGCUUAGAUGUAUUCUUUGAGGGCAAACUGAAGGAGAUUUAUCCAGACAGGCAUUUUCCUUCAAUGCAACAGGAAGACUCUGAUUCUGAAGAGGUAGCGAGUCAGAAGAACAAAAUGCCCUCCAAAGACUUCCAGUGGCCAUCAUACGGACAGGAGUGUGUUCAGCCUAAAAGGAGACGGCGCCAUGCUGGAGGUGAAAAAAAUAAAAGAACGAUGUUUCAGCCAGCUAACAGCCUUCCUCAGGUAUGACCUCCUGAAGAUACCAAACUUGCUGUGAGGAAUCCAGGAGCAUAACUGACAGAAUUAAGGUGUGUGGGAGGAAAGCAAAGCGCUCGGGCUGUUAACUUAACCUCUCCUAAUCUGCUGACCGUAUGCCUUAUUUCUAGAUCUUGUGGAUAGAUAAGAGAUCCAAAGUGUUUGAAUCUGUCAAUAUUCCAUCUGUUAAAUCAUAUAUGUUUUGCAGUCUUUAUACUGAAGUACUAAUGUUUUGGUGAUAGGCAAUGAUGAUUAAUUAAUAAAAGUAACAUGUUAAUAAUAUUUAAUACUACUGUACCAUUUUGUAAUCUGUUUACCAUGACGCUUAUUUUAUAGAGCACAGGUAACCAUGUAAUAAUCUUAUAACCUCCAUGUGAAUGUUGGCUAUGUUUUAUGAUGGAUACCGUGUGUGGUCAUAAAAGACUUAAUCCUGUUUUAUUCAGUGAUUUUUCUGGGAGCUUGAUUGAGUAAGGCCUAUGGGAUACAGUCUAAUGUGAUUACCUGAUUAGUUGUUUCUUUCGAACCAGAGCAUUUUCAUUAAAUCACAAAAAAGCAAGUGCUAAUAGUGCUAAUAUUAAGGCUCUGUGUGAGCUAAUUUUGAGUGCAUGCUGGAUGCUCGGUUUGCAAAGAAUAAUUCUUCUGGUAUCUAAUUCACGCUCUGUAAAGCAGUGUGGGAUUUCUUGGGUCUCAAAGGCAGUGUUUUUAUACAACCCAAACCAGUUGCUGUUCUUUAAAGCAGCUUUGGAGUUUAGUAAAUUAACUAUGAAACAAUUUACAUGGUUAUGGAAGUGCCUAUAAAAUAAUCAUAUGUUCCCAAUUUUCUCUUUGGUUAUUUCUUGUAGUUGUGAUUCCUAACAGUACUAGAAGAUAACGAUGUGUGUAUAUAGAAGCGCAUACAGAACGAAAGGAUGUUUAAGCCUUUGUUUUC